GGGGAGCGUGUGUGUGAGUGCGAGGAGCAUGAGUAUGUGUGUGAGUGUGCGCUCGCUUCCCUUUCCCUCAUUCGUCUCCUGCGCGUCUCUCCCUGCACCCUCCCCCUGCCUCAAUUAUAUUAUUUCCCCCAGACUUGGAAGCUGCUCCCUGAGCUGACGCUUUGAUGGUAUCUGCAAGCGUUUGUGCUGAUCUUAUUUCUGCCCCCUGAAUAUUAAUUCCCGAAGCUGGUAGCAAUACAGCUGCCUGGUGACCGGACCUACUAGAGGCAGGUGGGGGGAGCCACCAUCAGAUCAUAGCGUAAUAAUAAUACAAAGGGGAGGGAUUGAUUCUUCUGCAACCUAGAGGCUAGAGGCAAGCGAGAGAGGGGGGAAAAAAGAGCCAUGAGUUCGACAAAUACAUGGAGUACAGGAAGCUCGGUCUACUCGACUCCUGUAUUUUCACAGAAAAUGACGGUGUGGAUUCUGCUCCUGCUCUCUCUCUACCCGGGCCGCACUAGCCAAAAAUCUGAUGAUGACUAUGAAGAUUACGCUUCUAAUAAAACUUGGGUCUUGACUCCAAAAGUUCCGGAGGGUGAUGUCACUGUCAUCUUAAACAAUCUUCUGGAAGGAUAUGACAAUAAACUGCGACCUGAUAUAGGAGUGAAACCAACGUUAAUCCACACAGACAUGUAUGUGAAUAGCAUUGGUCCAGUGAACGCUAUCAACAUGGAAUAUACAAUUGAUAUAUUUUUUGCCCAAACAUGGUAUGACCGACGUCUGAAAUUUAACAGCACCAUUAAAGUCCUCCGAUUGAACAGCAACAUGGUGGGGAAAAUCUGGAUUCCAGACACUUUCUUCAGAAACUCCAAAAAGGCCGACGCACACUGGAUAACCACCCCCAAUAGGAUGCUGAGGAUUUGGAAUGAUGGUCGAGUGCUCUACACCUUAAGGUUGACGAUUGAUGCUGAGUGCCAAUUACAGUUGCAUAAUUUUCCAAUGGAUGAACACUCCUGCCCCUUGGAAUUCUCCAGUUAUGGCUAUCCCCGUGAAGAAAUUGUCUAUCAGUGGAAGCGCAGUUCCGUUGAAGUGGGCGACACAAGGUCUUGGAGGCUCUAUCAGUUUUCCUUUGUUGGACUGAGAAACACCACUGAAGUGGUGAAGACGACUUCUGGAGAUUACGUGGUCAUGACCGUCUAUUUUGACCUGAGCAGAAGAAUGGGAUACUUCACCAUCCAGACCUACAUCCCCUGCACACUCAUCGUCGUCCUCUCCUGGGUGUCUUUCUGGAUCAAUAAGGAUGCUGUUCCAGCCAGAACUUCUUUAGGUAUCACCACCGUCCUCACCAUGACUACCCUCAGCACCAUUGCCCGCAAGUCGCUUCCCAAGGUGUCCUAUGUCACAGCCAUGGACCUCUUUGUGUCUGUCUGCUUCAUCUUUGUCUUCUCUGCUUUGGUGGAGUACGGCACCCUGCAUUAUUUCGUCAGCAACCGGAAGCCAAGCAAGGACAAAGACAAAAAGAAGAAAAACCCUCUUCUUCGGAUGUUUUCCUUCAAGGCCCCUACCAUUGACAUCCGCCCCCGAUCGGCAACCAUUCAAAUGAACAAUGCCACGCACCUGCAGGAGCGAGAUGAGGAAUACGGGUACGAGUGUCUGGAUGGCAAGGACUGCGCUAGCUUUUUCUGCUGUUUUGAAGACUGCCGAACAGGAGCCUGGAGACACGGGAGGAUACACAUCCGGAUCGCCAAAAUGGACUCCUACGCACGCAUCUUCUUCCCCACCGCCUUCUGCCUGUUCAAUCUGGUUUACUGGGUCUCCUACCUUUACCUGUGAAGAGGUCUGGGCGUCACUGAUAAGGGUCUUAGUCACUACAGCUCCUGGAGAGAAGAUGUCCUUUCUAAGUCCACUUACACACUCCUCCCCACGUGGUUUCUAAUGAUCUGAAUCUGUUCCUCUGUUCUGACCUGGUAGAUUGUACUCAUGUCAUAUUGUUUGCGCCCAACUCUCCUGUGGUACGUGUAAUCUGAACUAUAAUGUUCGCUGUGUCUCAAACCUGCAAGGCAAAGUGAAAUUAGAGCAAGAACACUGAAACCAGACAAGAAUUUUCUUCUUCUCAGCUAUAGCAAUUGGAAAUAAAUAAAAGCCAUGGCUAUUUACAUUUACUUAAUUCAAAAUACAAUUAGAUGCAAAAAGUCUAAAACCAUAGCCUAUGUUCAUUUGGGGUCAAGUGGGAGUAAACUGGAUCCUACUAGGAUAUGACACUAGGAUGUGUCCGUCAUUUGAAAAAAAGUCACAACCUGCUUUAAAUAUAAGAGCCUAAACUAGAAAUCUAUUACAUCUCCAUCCCAAGAUAGCAAGAAAGUUUUCCUCCACAUCACAUGUACAAUGAUGUAAAUAUUUCAAUAACAUAGAAUGCUUCAAGUCUAAUGCAUGCAUCUCUUUAGAGCCGAAACAAAUGGAAUAAAGUUAACAUCAUAAUAAAGUAUUGUCUUCUCUGUGUCUCUGGGCUGUAGAAGAAUCAUGAGUGUAAUUAUAAGGGUUUGAGUUUGGAAUGGGAGGGGGAGUUUUCUCUGCUUUCUCCCUCAUGCAUGAAGAUUCAAACGGCUUAUUUUUUUUUCCUUGUCUGACAUAUCAAAACACUUUAUGGGAAACAGAGACUGAAUAACUGACAUUUGCUACCUUAAAAUACGCCCAAUUUCAUAGAGUCUAAAGUAACUGUGUGUGCUUGCUGCUCUUGUUUCUUCCUUUUAGGGUGAUAGGUCAUAAGAGAACUUACUCUCCAUCUCAAGACCUGCUUCUAGUGAUUGUGAGCGCCUUGUGGGCAGAAUCCUCGUCACUCCCUCUUUGGGUCCUCAGCACCUUGCACAGUGCUUGGCAUAUAGUCGGUGCUCAGUAAAUAUGGUGAGAGGUGAAUUGGCUUCAUGCACGCUGGUGACCCUGUCUGAGCUGGUCUGGAACCAGUGGUUCCUCUUUUCACAGAGGCACUAUCCAGUGCUCUCUGAUCUUGUGGAAGUAAACAGAAGGACCCAAAGACCUUUGGCGAUUUUUGUUCAUUAUCAAACACUUAGUUUAGGCAAGGUCCAGGCUCCUUUUAAAACAAUAUUUAAGUCCUAUGUUUAUGUACAGAACCGAGUCUCCUAGAGCAGAAUUAGAGUUUGUGUGUUAUUGUUCCAGGUUUGGAGAUGAGUCAGCUCUCUGACCCAUCCACCACGCCACCUGAGGACACACGACAGGCGUAAGCAGGAUUCGUCCCUGACUGGUGUUCCAAACGUAGUCCUCUGUGCUCUGAGAAAAGAAACAUGUACUGAAGUUUACAUUUUAAGAAAU